AUGCAAAACGGCAACCUGAACGGCCCAUCACCUGAAGAUGAACGUUUAACACCAGUACCAGACUCCCCGAUCCUCGAGGAAGUCGCCUUGGAAAAUCGGGUUGAAUCGGCGCCUUCCGAGGAGGUCCCUUCGGCCCCAAAAGACGAUGAACCUACCCAUCAACUAGAUGGGCCGCCAUCCAAGAAGCGACGACUUACAGAGACUACUCCAUCGCGUCGCUCGACAUCCAGGCCACCUUCGCCACCAUGGAAGAAGAUCGGGGCCGAUGGACCUACAUCGUUUACUGUGGAGGGCCGGCGCAGGUCUUCGCGAACCAACGCGAUCCCGUUGGAAAUGCAGCCUCAAUCCGACAAACGCCACACGCGCGCAGCACAACAUCAAUACGUCCAAAAGAAUACUCGCGAUAGUACGAAACCUGCCACAUCCUCCCCAUUGGCUGUGACGCAGUCGCGUGCCGCGGUCAAUGGGAAGCUUGGUGGCAAGGUCACGGCUAAUGGAUCCCCUCGAACGGGGUCAAACAAAAGCGUUUCAGCUGGCGGUAAACAGGCAGUCUCACAAUCUCCAGCUCCAAAAUCCUCGAAUCACUCCCGUACGCGAUCCCGAAGCUCCGUUAACUCCCAACGUCCUCCCCGUCCCAGUACCAACGGCGCUAGCCCCCGGCAGCUUCGCGACCGCCCCUCGCUUUCGGCGACAUCCCCCGGCGCCGGCGAUGGCUUAGAUUAUACUUAUACACAUAAUGAAGGAGGCGAGGAAGGGUCGAUAAAGGUGCCGCGACUUCGAAUCAAGGUGAAGAAGCCGGUUCUCCCGAUCCGACACCCUGGCCACGUAUCCAACAAAAAAUACCAGUCAUUCCGAGAAUGGGUGGAACACGAAGAUACUCCUAGCCUAUUGUCUUCCGAGGAGGCCCUCGAGGAGGCUCGCAGGCGACGUGAAGUGGUCGAUGCGGCAGAGCCUGGAGGGCCGUUGAGCUCGGAAGUCUGCUCGGCUUAUAUCACAGACCAGCAGGAGGAACCGCCCCCUCAAUAUUCGCAUCAGGAUCACCUCGUGGCACAUGCGUUAUACUUUCAGAAGCUUCUGGACAAGGAACACAAGCGGCAUCGCCAGAUGGCCAAGCUGGUCGCUCAGUGGUGCGCGGAUGCCUAUCGGAAGCGCCACAAGAACCCGGAAGACAUCCUUCGAGAGCAGCAGGAGGAAAUGCGCGGGAAGCGGAAGCAGGUGGCCAAAGAUCUCCAGAAGAUGUUCGAUCUAGCACGCGCUGAAAUCGACCGAGCCCGUCUUGCCCGCUGGGAAGAGGAGCGGAAGGUACAGGACCAGCAGGCACUUGACCGCGCAAUCAAGAAAUCCACCAUGCUAUUCGAGAAACGUCGAUCUGAGAUCCUUGGUGAAGUGAAUAGUGAUGCCCUUGCUACUAGUGAUGAUGACGAAGAUGUUGACUCGGAUUCCGAGUUGGACUCUUCUGGGUCCGAUCUUGGGAGCAACAUGUCAACCUCGGAAUCUGACACCGAUGACGAUGCAAAUGUGGAUGAUGAUGCUGCAUUGACUGCCGAGGAACUACGACGAAAGUACGCCAACUUGCCAGCCGAAGACACGUUAGACGAAGUGUCCGUGAUCUCCGGCGUGCCAGCGUCAGCCAUUGACAGUGAAGCUUUACCGGAUGAAGUUGACUCUGAUGCUACACCUGCUCAAUUAGAUGACGUUGAUUCUGUUUUAAUGGACGAUAGCGACGAGUCGACUGAUAUGGAUGAUGAUAUGGGCGACAGCGACGAGGAAGCAGAGUCAGACGACGAGGAUUCCGAAGAGGGCAGUGAUGAUGAUGAUGGCGGCCCCGGACUACUUGGCUUCUUCUCUUCCAAGGAUAUUCCUGUUUCCAAAGAGGACGAGGAAGCCGAUGGCGAAGCAGCGGAUGAUGAAGACGUGGACCUCGAGGACCCAGACGAGGUCUCUCUGAUUCCCAACGGUCAUGACUCCUCGCGCGAAGGCACUCCAAUGGAAGUUGUCGAGGCUUCUGCUGAACCUACGCCUAUUGAUACUGAAGAUGCCUCGAUGGUUGAUACUCCAAUGGAGGACCAAAACCGACCGACCGAAUCGCCGGCACCUUUUGAACCCACCACUGCUUCCGAAACUCCAGCCGAUGAAGAAGCAGCCCAGUCCCAGUCAAUGGAUUUAGAGCCCCUCCAUCACGAUACCCGACCAAGUGGUGAACUGUCUAGCGAGGCUUCGCCUGCCACUUUCGCAACCAAGCCAUCCGAGCCAGAGUCUGUCUCCUCGUAUGAGCCCGCGUUAGAGAAGGCUCUGCAAACAAGUCAUUCGCCAGCUCCUGGCUUGAAGACACCCAUUCCGCAUCUCUUGCGCGGCACUCUUCGUGAAUACCAGCAUUACGGGUUGGACUGGCUUGCGGGGCUCUACAAGAACCACAUCAACGGGAUUCUGGCCGAUGAAAUGGGUCUCGGUAAAACCAUCCAGACCAUCGCCCUGCUUGCCCACCUGGCCGUGGAUCAUGGCGUCUGGGGCCCUCAUCUCGUGGUUGUCCCGACUAGUGUCAUGCUAAACUGGGAGAUGGAGUUCAAGAAAUGGUGCCCUGGCUUCAAGAUCAUGACGUACUACGGCAAUCAAGAGGAGCGCAAGGCCAAACGUCGUGGCUGGACUGACGACAAUGCCUGGAAUGUCCUGAUCACUUCGUAUCAACUAGUCUUGCAGGACCAGCAAUCUCUUAAGAGGAGAAACUGGCAUUACAUGGUUCUGGACGAGGCGCAUAACAUUAAGAACUUCCGGUCACAGAGAUGGCAGGCUCUUCUAACGUUCCGGACGCGGGCCCGACUUCUUCUGACCGGUACACCGCUUCAGAACAAUUUGACCGAGCUUUGGUCCCUUCUCUUCUUCUUGAUGCCUUCAGACGGCGACGGAAAUGGCAUCGAGGGCUUCGCAGACCUCAGAGAUUUCUCGGAGUGGUUCCGUCGACCGGUGGAACAAAUCUUGGAGCAUGGAAGGGAGACCAUGGACGACGAGGCCAAGCGAGUUGUCACCAAGCUUCAUACCGUUCUGCGCCCUUAUAUUCUACGUCGACUCAAAGCCGAUGUCGAGAAACAAAUGCCUGGCAAGUACGAGCAUGUGAUUUACUGCCGGCUCUCGAAGCGCCAGCGGUUCCUCUAUGACGGCUUCAUGUCCAUGGCCCAGACGAAGGAGACUCUUGCAUCAGGCAACUUCCUUUCCAUCAUCCACUGUCUUAUGCAGCUACGCAAGGUCUGCAACCACCCCGAUCUCUUUGAGACAAGACCGAUCUCUACGUCCUUUGCCAUGCCACGAUCUGUCGCUACGGAUUACACUGUCAAAGAGUCACUGGUUCGACGACGUCUGCUCUUCGACCACCCUCUCACCAAAGUUGAUCUGGACUUCCUUAACCUCGCUCCGGUGUCUAGAGAAGAUAUCUCGCGGAGACUUGCGGAUGAUAGCAUUCGGCUGAUGGCCUUUGCUCCGUUCAAGACUCUUCGUGAACGCCAGUACAACCGGACCAACUGGCAGAUGACCUUCAACGGAUCUACCAUGGAGUCGACCCUGCAGUCUCUGGAGAAUGCCAGUCGGAAGCGGAGAAUGGCUGAGCUCGAGCGGUGCUUGUACUUUGAAUCCAAGCGCCAUGGUCGCCGACCUGUCUAUGGUAGCAGCUUGAUCGAGUUCUUGCGAGCUGGCACGAACAAGGAACACGCCCUAUCCAAUGCCCCUCUGCGGAAGAGCAACAUGGCCGAGUGGCUGUCCAGCCGGUCGUCCGUUCUUGCUUCGAUGAUCCUGACGAUCGAGGAGCGCUCUCUCGAGAUGGACGGCUAUGUCCAGAGGUUCGCCUGCGUUACUCCUGCGGCCGUCGCCGCAGGAACCACCGAAGCUGCCUUGACGCCCAUCGAGACUCGCCUCCUGACCAACACCUCCAAGGACCAGCCCCACGACCCCUUCCACGAGGCGCGGAUGCGCCUUUCUAUCGCCUUCCCAGACAAGAGAUUGCUACAGUACGACUGUGGCAAGCUUCAACGGCUGGACAAGCUGCUCCGCGACCUCAAGGCUGGCGGCCAUCGCGCUUUGAUCUUCACGCAGAUGACCAAGAUGCUGGAUAUUCUAGAGCAGUUCCUCAACAUUCACGGGCACCUAUAUCUCCGCCUCGACGGAACCACCAAAGUUGAGAACCGCCAGAUGCUCACCGAACGAUUCAACAGUGACCCUCGAAUCCUGGCUUUCAUCCUUUCUAGUCGAUCGGGUGGUCUCGGUAUCAAUCUCACGGGCGCCGACACCGUUAUCUUCUACGACCUGGACUGGAAUCCAGCGAUGGACAAGCAAUGUCAAGAUCGUUGCCACCGUAUCGGACAGACUCGCGACGUUCACAUCUACCGAUUCGUCUCCGAGUACACCAUCGAGUCCAACAUUUUGCGCAAGGCCAACCAGAAGCGCAUGCUCGAUGACGUGAUCAUCCAAGAAGGCGAGUUCACCACGGACUACUUCACCAAACUUCGGGAUGUAGAAGGCAUGGUUGAGGGCGAAGACACCCGUGAUGGCCACGACGAAGCCAGCGCUGCCAUGGACCGGGUUCUCGGCAACCGAGUUGCCACCGGUACCAAAGCCUUCGAGCAGGCCGAGGACAAGGAGGAUAUUGAUGCAGCGAAAAACGCGCAAAAGGAGCUCGAGCAUGCGGACGAUGGCGACUUCGAAGAUCGUCCCCCCCCACAUGGCACGCCGGCCCAGGCUGGUACGCCACUCGCGGUCGGCGACGAGGGCACGUUGCAUCCCGGUGGUGUAAGUGCCGUGGCCGAGGUUGACGGAGAUGUGGAAGAAGAGCCGCGCCACAUUGACGAUUAUUUGCUCCGCUUCAUGGAGUGGAACAUGCGUGAUGAGCCCCUGGUGCUACCGGUGGACAAAAGCAAAAAGAGGUCCAAGAAGGGUAAAGAGCACCGGCUCAAACGACGUCGUUGA